CUGUGGAAAGUGUUUCUCUGAGCAGUAGAGUCAAUUAUUGAAUAUUUCAGCUACUCUGAAUGUGAACACCAACGCCAGUACUAAAACAGAGUCUCUGGCUUAUGUGCAAAUGAACGAGCUAAUGAAGAACCAGAGCCAGCAGAGCUAUUGGCAGGAGAUGGGCAGAUGGGUGGGCUAUGAAGAAACAUACGAUAUUGAGGCGGGCUGCUGGGGCCCCUCCCACAUCUCCUACCUCACAUUCAAGAGCCUGGUGCAGUUGCGCAGGACAAUGAACACUGGUGUGGUGUUGCUAGACCAGGAGGAGAAGACACUCUCCAGCAUCAUUGAGAAGAUUGUGAAUGCUCUGGUUAUCAAACAGGAGAUCCAGGCAGGGGACAGAGAUAAGGUUCUUCAAGCUUUAAUGCACAACCAGAGCCAGUCAAUGGAGACUCAGCCUCUGACUUUACCUGUGGAAAUGCAGAAAUUCUCUGUCACAGAGAGAAGGGAUGCAGCUGACAGUGCAGAGGCUGCUAUGGUGCUUGUAGGUGCUCUGGAAUUCCUGGAAAAGCCAACGGUGGCAUUCAUGCGUUUGCGGGAUGCCGUGGUGCUGGAGUCGGCUCUGGAAGCUCCUGUACCUGCGAGAUUCAUCUUUAUUAUGAUCGGCCCAUCCAAGAAUGACAUGGACUACCAUGAGUGUGGCCGAGCAAUGGCAGCACUACUAGCUGACAAAGUAUUUAACCAGGCAGCAUUCCAGGCUCAGAGUGACAAGGAGUUGACUGAUGCUGUGGAAGACUUCAUGGACUGCAGUAUCGUGAUCCCCCCCACAGAGAUUCAGAAUGAGUCCAUGCUCUCUGCACUCAUCCCCUUCCAGAAGAAACUCCUGCUGGAGAGACUCCGCCCCUCCGAUCCCAAACUGCGUCUGGAUGUCAAACCUCGCAAAUUUUCAAAAUCAUCAGGUCCCCCUUCUGAGGAUCCACUGGCCCGUACAGGUGUUCCAUUCGGUGGCAUGAUCAAAGACCUGAAGAGACGAUACAAACAUUAUGUCAGUGACAUCACUGAUGCCAUGAAUUCUCAGGUGGUGGCUGCAAUCAUCUUCAUCUACUUUGCUGCACUCUCCCCUGCCAUCACCUUUGGAGGCCUUCUUGCUGAUAAGGUGGAUAACAUGAUGGGUGUGUCAGAGCUAAUGAUCUCCACUGCAGUACAGGGCAUUAUCUUCUGCCUGAUUGCUGCCCAACCUGUACUAGUCAUAGGCUUCUCUGGGCCUCUGCUGGUGUUUGAAGAGGCCUUCUUUAGUUUCUGUAAGUCUCAGGACAUUGAGUACAUCGUUAGCAGAGUGUGGGUUGGCAUGUGGCUGGUGGUCAUCGUCGUGUUGAUUGUUGCUGUGGAAGGAAGCUUCCUGGUCCGAUUCAUUUCCCGCUUCACUCAAGAGAUCUUCUCCAUCCUCAUCUCCCUCAUCUUCAUCUACGAGACCUUUGCCAAACUCGGCAGGAUUUUCAGAGAACACCCUCUCAUUCUCAAUUAUGAUCAUUUGAACAGUACAGUGGAGGACCCAUGGCACUUAGUUGUCAACUAUCAGAGAUUUUUUGAUAAUUCUACAGGCAAUAUGACUGUCGUGAGGGACGUUCAACACCGGGCUUAUCCCAACACCGCUCUCCUGUCCAUGUGUCUCAUGUUUGGCUGUUUCUCCAUUGCUUACUACCUGCGAAUGUUCAAGAACGGCAAGUUCCUGCCAGGCAAGAUUCGACGUUUGCUUGGUGACUUUGGAGUUCCCAUUGCUAUUUUCCUCAUGGUUGCUGUGGAUAUCAACAUUGAGGAUGCAUACACUCAGAAACUGGUAGUGCCUAAGGGUCUUCAGGUGUCCAACCCUAAGAUGAGGGGCUGGUUAAUCAACCCAAUGGGUGAACACAAGCCCUUCCCCGUGUGGAUGAUGUUUGCCUGCGUUAUCCCAGCUAUGUUGGUGUUUAUCCUCAUCUUCCUUGAAUCUCAGAUUACCACACUAAUUGUGAGUAAACCAGAGAGAAAAAUGGUCAAGGGCUCUGGGUUCCACAUGGAUCUUCUCAUCCUGGUCAGUAUGGGAGGACUAGGUGCCAUAUUCGGCGUACCUUGGCUGAGUGCAGCAACCGUACGCUCCGUAUCCCAUGCCAAUGCCCUGACUGUCAUGAGCAAGGGCACGAAGCCAGAGAUCGAGAAGGUUCUAGAACAGAGAGUCAGUGGAGUAAUUGUGGCCUUGCUUGUCGGUUUGUCCAUUCUCAUGGAGCCCAUUCUGAAGAUGAUUCCCAUCUCAGCUCUGUUCGGAAUCUUCCUCUACAUGGGAAUCACUUCCCUCAGUGGCAUUCAGCUCUGGGAUCGAAUGCUGCUCCUCCUUAUUCCCAAAAAGUAUCACCCCAAUGAACCCUAUGCUACCAAAGUUAGCACCAGUAGGAUGCACUUAUACACGGCUAUCCAGGUCAUAUGUCUGGCAGUUCUGUGGGUGGUGAAGUCGAGCGCUGUGUCACUGGCCUUGCCGUUUGUCCUCAUACUUACUAUUCCUCUGCGCAUGUUAAUGACUGGACGACUUUUCACAGAGCUAGAGAUUAAAUGUCUUGACGCUGAUGAUGCCAAGGCAACAUUUGAAGAGGAGCCAGGAGUGGAUAUGUAUACUGAAACUCAAAUGCCAUUGUAGACCCUACAGCCUGCUACCAGACUUAUUUAUCACAAUCAGCUUGUGAUGUCAUUAGAAAACUCUUAAAAAAAUGUGCAUUUCCCCCAUUGAGUAAAGUUUGGAAAGGUUUUUGAAUUAAGUUAGUGUACUGUGAGUGUGUGCAGCUUUUCUGUGUUAAUUAUAAUUCAUUUUGCCCAUGGCAGAUUAUAUAAUACAUAUCUUGCUAAUGUACUAAUAUCAGGUAUAUUACUUAAAUGUGUCAUUAUGACUAUGUAAAACUCAAUAAAAGUGCCUUACAUAUUUUUGCUAAAGCUAAAGCUUUGCACUAUUCCACAAACUUCCAGCCCUAACAUUUUAAGGUAUUACAUUAUGAAGGUCUGUAAAAUGCACAUGUAGAACAAGCACCUCAACAAAGAUAUUGUUAUUGCAUUUUAAAGGUAUUGUUAACUUUGUAUUAUUGCAAGAGUUAAAGAUUUGCCUUGCUCCAAAAUGUGCUACAACCAGAUGCGCUUUUUAUGCCACUGGCGAUAAGACAAAAAUCCAAAGAGACAUUGCAUAAGGGGCUUAUAUUUAUAUUUCCAAAAAAUAAACAAGCUUGAAAAAUAAUGUGCCCACCCCAUACUCACAGUUUGUUGUUUCACUUACAGUACAGUAUGUAGCUAUACUGUCACCUUCAACAACCUGCAUUUACCUCAGCUGUUUGCGGUAAUUGUAUUAAGCUAUUCUCGGAUAUGACAUUACAGUAUAUCUAAUAUAAUGUACUGCAUUCUCUUAUGCUCAUUCUUUUUGUUUGUGUGGAAAAAAAAAAUGUCUUAUAUUGUCCCUCUCCAGUUCGGAUUUUUUAAUGAAAUUUGUAAUUGCAAGAAUUUGAUGAAAAAAAUUAUAACAUAGACAUUAAUAAAUAUCAAAUACCAUUUUAAUCCACAAGCUUGUGAUUACAGUUUCUGAUACAGUUCUGCUUGUGAAUAUCUACUUUACUUACUACUAAGAACCUCAGACAAAACUCUGAAUAUCUUUCAAAGAUUUUAUGUCAUUAACCUGUCCAGCUUCGGCAAAUACAGUGAUUAUUUCAUCCUCAAAAGUGCAUGUUGUAUCAACCCAGUACCUUAUAAACAAAUUUAAAUCUGCCCUUCCUCGCAGAAGUUGCUUAAAGGGAUAAUUCACCCAAAAAUGAAAAUUCUCUCAUCAUUUACUCACCCUCAUGCCAUCCCAGAUGUGUAUGCCUUUCUUUCUUCUGCUAAACACAAAUUUUUAGAGGAAUAGCUCAGCUCUGUCGGUCCAUACAAUGCAAGU